AUGGAAAGAUGUUCCCCUGUCCUCAACACUGCCAAUGGGGUAGCUGUCGGUGAAGCAACCCUUCCAAUUUGGAAGAAACACUUCAAGACCUUGCUGAACCGGCUAGCACCGUCAGCUCCUGAACUCGAGCACGUUCAUAGACCGACGUAUGCGGUUAACGAGAAGCCACCGACCGAUUCGGAGGUUCUAGUCUGUAUUCAACGAUGGAGUUUGAGAAGGCACGGCUGUAUUCAAAAAAUGAAGAAUGGAAAAUCUGAUGGAGAUGAUGGGAUUAGCGCAAAAAUGCUAAAAUAUCCCCCUCCGUCUGGGAUUCGUGAGAUGACCAAGAUUUUCCGUUCAAUAUGGAUAGACGAAAGAAUACUUGACUCGUGGAGACACGCUAUCAUAGUUUCCCUCCACAAGAAGUUAUCCGUCACGGACUCUGGGUAUUAUCGAGGAAUCUCUUUGCUGCGUGUUAUUUACAAGAUAUUGGAGCGCAUUACCCUGGGCCGACUCAUUAAACAUCGCGAAAAAACAACGCGCGAAGAGCAGGCUGGCUUUCGUCCUGGCCGAUCUACGAUUGACCAGGUGUUUAUCGUCAGGAGAGUGAUCGAAAUCUGGCAGCGGUAUUCGAAGCCAAUGCAACUAGAGUUUCUGGACUUUGAAGCCGCGCUCAACUCUCCUCACCGAGGCCGUCUUCUCAACGCGCUCUGCGCCGAUAGAGUACCAGGAAAGUUCGUUCGCUUGCUGGAUGACAUGAAUCAACGAACAGCUGCUGCAGUUCGAACACCAGCCGGAUGUACAACACCGUUUGAAGUGGUAACUAGAGUAAAACAAGGGGCAGUGGCAAGACCUUUCCUGUUCAAUUUCGCAAUCGACGACAUUAUGCGAAGAACAGUCGACCAGUGUCCACCGACAUUGUCUUAG